AUCGUCGUAUUUGGACCGGUUCGCUCUGGCCCGUGUGUUUGGAAGCAUUUAGCACAGCAACAGUGUUUUGCACAACGAAUUCGAGCACAAAGAAACACGAAUUCUCAAAUCAAAGAAAGGAAAAGCUCGCGAGCACGUAAAGAUAUUAGCGAUCAAACGGUGUAUUAAAAUAUGGCCGAGUACGUAGCGGGCGCGCUGUCUGCUUUGUUUGGCAGAAAAUCGUCCUUUAAUAACGCCGAGGGCUCUGAACCUGUUAAGUUGACACACGUCAAGCAAAUGUAUGAGGAGUUCAAGCCUCGUAAAGCGCCCACGAAAGUUGGCAAAGAACUGGGCGAUCAGCAAGUACAGUUUAAAAAGCAAGACGUCAAACGGAAAUUGGCCGAAGGGAAGUCCUCUGAGGCCGCUCAUAUUACCGCAAAGAAGGGCCGCUUUGUUUACGCAUUGCCACAGACGGAGAAGCUUAACGAAAGAACUCCGAAGGCGUGCGAAACCCUAAAGAGUCCUAGAAAAGGCAUGAGUAACAAAGAGGCCGCUCUGUUUCGAAUUAACAAAAAAAAAGCAAAAUCGGAAACAAUUGAACAUGACAGCGGGGACAUAAAAGUACAGAAGCGGACGAAGAAAGAACAAGACAGUGAACUAAAAGAAACGGCUAAACAUAAAGAUACUGAUAAGGUGAAAUCCGAAGGUGUCGAGAACGAGGAAGAUAACAAGCGCAACUUUUGCUAUUACGAGGAUGAUCCUACAUACAUACCCAGGACGAUCUUUGUCAAGAAUCUACCUCCAAAGACAAGAAGGAAACAGAUAAAGGAAAUAUUCGGGAAAUGCGGCGAUAUUCUUUUUGUACGAUUCACAAACGCGAUUCCAGCGAAGUCUUCUAUCCCAGCCGAGGCAGCGGUCAAGAAACGAUCUCUUAUCAAGGAAGGAACGACGAUAUGCUCAUAUGUCGUAUUUGCCGAUAUAAACUCGGUGACAGCAGCGCUCAGUCUGAAUGGGAUUGAGUUCGAAGGCCACCAUCUUCGAGUUGACAGGCGUGAAGCGUCAACUGUUCCGCCAAAGAGAAGCGUCUUCUGCGGAAACAUUCCCUUCGAUGUCACAGACGAUGAACUCUGGGAAUUUUUUGGUGAAGCAGGCCAAAUCGAUUAUGUGCGGGUCAUCAGGGAUAGUAUCACGGGUAAUGGUAAGGGGAUAGCAUUUGUUGUAUUUAAGGAAUCAAGUGCUGCGAUGAUGGCUCUAGAGUUUUCGGGAAAAGUUUUGAAAAAUCGCACCAUUCGAGUGACCGCGAUUGAAAAAAAGAAGCAAAGCGGAGACGCUCGUGGAACAGUUGCAGCGUCGAAAAAUAUUCAGAUGGGGGGCUCUAAAGAACGAAUCAACAAGAAGAAAAUGGAGAGAAAGUCCCAGCAACAGGAACGAAAACAAAAAGGAUUAAAAAAAUGUGCCGGCAAAUUUGGCAAACAGAAGCGUGAGAAGCUCAAGAAGAGUAUUAAAAAGGAGAAGACAUCGAAGUUCAAAAAGAAUCUUGCCAGGAAACUUCAGGGUAUGAGUUGAUGAGGUAGCGAUUGCUACGCGCCUCGUAUAAUCUACAUCAGCCACGUGGAAAGCAGACCCCUGUACCUCAAUGAAGACGAGAUUUUUACAGAGCAUAUGAAGAAAGUGCACUAUACUAUCAUUGAAUUAUACAUUUCUGACUAGAAAACACGUCGCAAAUAGAUUACCACUUAGGUAUGUUUGUUCGGCGGAGAUUCAUGGGGAAAUUUAUCCAGAAGGCUGCCAUUAAACGUACCGAGACAUACCGUAACAAGGAAAAUGCACAGCAUAAACAAUUACAUGUUGUCAAGCCUACUUGGCUUAGCGGCUGUUGUGUAAAUUGUAUAGAGAUAGUCCGCCAUUAUUAGCCUUACUGCUUAUACCAAAAGGGUUUAGAUAACGAUUUUACGUAUUUAAAGAAAGCUCAAGCCAUCAAUGAUUACGUAUUUUCUUAGAAGGGAUCGUAAACCUCAUACACAAACUGCAGCCAGUAAAAGUGAUCUACCUGUAUAAUUCGAAGAAACACUAAGUAUAGGCUAAUAAUAAUUGUUAUUUUUAGAAGGACGGUUCUUUCAUCGAUUGGCAGUAUCAUACCUUUGGCAUACGUUCCAUUACUCUUGGGAAUUACAUCACAUUUAAAAGGAACGGAUGUACGCAUUCUCGAAUGUAUCUCGAUCGGAUUUAGAGAAAUGGUUUAUGACACACCCUGUGAUUAUUAGAAGUUUAAUGUUUAUUAGUUAAGGAAUAUGCUAAAAUAGUCAAAAAUGGAUCUUUUUUCUGCUGGAUGUUUCCUGUUUCUUUUUAAUUCGAGGCUACGAAAAAAUACUCGGAAUCAUCUUUUUUUAGGUCCAUAUCCAAGGACACACCCCCAUUAAAAAUCUAACUGAAGUGGGUCUUGCUGGACUUAUGUGGGGUUUUUCCAAUAAACCUAUGGAACGGCGUGCUAAUUAUACAAGCAGCUAUUGAGCCCUAUAUUUUAUUUUUCCUAAUUAUUUCUUUUCCUGUAGCUUCUUAUUCUCCGAAUUAUUAAUAUAUGGCAAUCCUUUCGCUACGUGGCAGAACGCCUUUUAGUUAUGGGUACCAUGGCAAUACACUUAGGAGCUGCGCACUAGCCCCUCAGGCUACGGCGCGGGGUAGAUCCUCUUUGGUUUAUCCUUUUCAUUCGUAACCACUAAAACGUUUUUCAAGUAAAGUAUUCAUAGGAGCAUCAAAGUAUCAGACUUUAUGGCCGCAUUUUUGUGCUACCGAGUUGAUGCCUCCCAAAUAUGGCCCUACCUUUCUGUAAUAUGUUGUUACCAAAAACAUAUGUAGUUCAAGAUACUACUAUUAACCAUUGAGAACAUUCACAUAAAUUUUCUAAAAAAUUCUAAAAAAUAUUCUAAAAAAUUACUGAUUCACAUAAAUUGGUAAAAGGUGUUUGAAUCAGAAAUAUAUGUUAUGUACUCCCAUGUACUAACCUAACGACCAAUAAAUACCUAGCGAGAAGAACCCGAGUUAAUUUAA